AUGGCCACCGUUUCUUCUUCAGCUAGGCCUACAAAGCUAAAAGUUGGUCAUCCUCUUCCACCAACCAAACUCGGCAGCUCUUAUCAUCGAUAUAUAAGGCUCUCAUUUUCCUUAUCUUGGAAACCCUAUCGUAAUACUAGUUCUCGCAUAGGCAUACACUUAUUAUCGAGCUCCAACAACAAGUGCCAUGAUUGGAGGACCAGAGUUUCCUUCUUUCAAGGUUUUUCAGCCGAAGGUAAAAAAGAUGUAAAAAGGAGCCUUAAAGAGCAACUUCUUGAGGCAAUAGCGCCUCUUGAUCGGGGUGCUGUGGCUACCCCUCAGGACCAACAACGUGUUCAGGAGAUUGCUCGUAAACUUGAGGCAGUGAAUGCUAUAAAGGAGCCACUCAAGUCAAAUCUACUGAAUGGGAAAUGGGAGCUUUUGUAUACAACAUCUCAAUCAAUUCUUCAAACAAAGGUGGUCCUUUUCACUGAGUAUAGGUGUCAGAGACCGAAGUUCUUGAGACCAAAUGGAAAAAUCUACCAGGCAAUUAAUGUGGAUACCUUAAGGGCUCAAAAUAUGGAAACUUGGCCAUUCUUUAACCAGGUCACCGCCAAUUUAGUACCUCUAAAUGCAAGAAGGGUUGCUGUUAAAUUUGACUUCUUCAGAAUUGCUGGUCUGAUACCUAUUCAAUCACCUGGAAGUGGCCGUGGUCAACUGGAAAUCACAUAUUUGGAUGAUGAGUUGCGAAUAUCAAGGGGUGAUAGAGGAAAUUUGUUCAUUCUGAGAAUGGUGGAUCCAUCUUACAGAGUCCCUGUCUAA